GCCCGAGGACGCGACGCGGACCCAGUUCCGGCGAGGAGGCCGCGCCAGUGACAGCGAUGGCGGCGGAGUCGGCGCUCCAAGUUGUGGAGAAGCUGCAGGCGCGCCUGGCCGCGAACCCGGACCCCAAGAAGCUAUUGAAAUAUUUGAAGAAACUCUCCAUGUUGCCUAUUACAGUAGACAUUCUUGCGGAGACUGGAGUCGGGAAAACAGUAAACAGCUUGCGAAAACACGAGCACGUAGGAAGCUUUGCCAGAGAUUUAGUGGCCCAGUGGAAGAAGUUGGUGCCUGUGGAAAGGAACACCGAGACCGAUGAACAGGACUUUGAGAAGAGUAAUUCCCGAAAGCGCCCUAGGGAUGCUCUUCAGAAGGAGGAGGAGAUGGAAGUGGACUACCAAGGAAACUGGAAAGCCUCUGGUAGCCGAUCCUACAGCCCUGACUACAGACAGAAAAAACACAGAAAACUCCCAGAGCUUGAGAGACCUCACAAAGUCUCUCACAGUCAUGAGAGGCAAGAUGAGAGAAAGAGGUGCCACAGAGUCUCACCAGCUUAUUCUUCAGACCACGAAUCUUCCGAUUAUGGCCACGUUCAGUCUCCUCCGUCUUCUACCAGUCCUCAUCAGAUGUGUGUGGACCACUACAGAUCCCCGGAGGAGGACCACGUGCCCAUUGUUCCACACCAGAAGCCUGGAAAAGGCCAUAGUAAUGCCUUUCAGGACAGACUGGGGGUCAGUCAAGAACGGCACCUGGGUGAACCCCAGAGUAAAGGGGUGGUGAGUCAAAGCAAGGAGCACAAAUCUUCCCACAAGGAGAAACGCCUGUUGGAUGCCAAGGGUGAUGACAAGUCCUCUGCUCUGAGCAGAGAGAAAUCACACAAGGCCAUUUCCAAAGAGGAAAACCGAAGGCCGUUCUCAGGCGAUAGCACAAAGGAGAAACCACCCUCUAGUGGUGCCAAGAAAGAGAAGGAAAGAGAGGGCAGCAACAUCAAGAAAAAGUUGUUACCCUCCUUGGAGGUUGCUUCAGACAACCACCUUAAAAAGCCAAAGCACAAAGACUCAGAGAAAACCAAAUCAGAUAAAAAUAAGCAAAGUUUAGACAGCUUAGACACAGGAAGGGGGGCAGGAGACCCAGUGCCCAAGGCAAAAGAGAAGGCUUCCAAUAAUCUAAAGACUCAAGAAGGGAAACUAAAAACUUCCUAUCUGGAUAGAAAGUCAGUGGGCUCCUUCCCUAAAGCUGAGGAGGCAGAUAUGGAUGACGAAUUUGAGCAGCCCACCAUGUCUUUUGAGUCAUACCUUAGCUAUGACCAGCCCCGGAAGAAAAAGAAAAAGAUUGUGAAAACUUCAGCCACUGCACUUGGAGAAAAAGGACUUAAAAAAAGUGAUUCUAAAAGCACUAGUAAAAACUUGGACUCGGCUCAGAAACUACCUAAGGUGAAUGAAAACAAAUCAGAGAAGUUGCAGCCGUCUGGAGCCGAGUCAGCCAAGCUGAAAAAGGUCCCCACCGAUGUACUGCCAGUGUUGCCAGACCUCCCGUUACCCAUGAUACAGGCCAAUUACCGCCCACUUCCUUCCUUUGAAUUGAUAUCCUUGCAACCAAAGCGAAAAGCACUCUCUUCGCCCCAGGAAGAGGAAGAAGCUGGAUUUACUGGACGCAGAAUGAAUUCUAAGAUGCAGGUGUAUUCUGGUUCCAAGUGUGCCUAUCUCCCCAAAAUGAUGACCUUGCACCAGCAGUGCAUCCGAGUCCUGAAAAACAACAUCGACUCAAUCUUUGAAGUGGGAGGAGUCCCAUAUUCUCUUCUUGAACCCGUUUUAGAGAGGUGUACGCCUGAUCAGCUGUAUCGCAUUGAGGAGUACAAUCACGUAUUAAUUGAAGAAACAGAUCAAUUAUGGAAAAUUCACUGUCACCGAGACUUUAAGGAAGAAAGGCCAGAAGAGUAUGAGUCGUGGCGGGAGAUGUACCUGCGGCUUCAGGAUGCCCGAGAGCAGCGGUUACGGCUACUGACGAAGAAUAUCCGGUCCGCGCAUGCCAAUAAGCCCAAAGGCCGACAAGCAAAGAUGGCCUUUGUCAACUCUGUGGCCAAGCCGCCUCGUGACGUCCGAAGGAGGCAAGAGAAGUUUGGAACAGGAGGAGCAGCUGUCCCUGAGAGAAUCAAGAUCAAGUCAGACCUGUACACCACAGGAAGCAGCCACGCUUCUUCCAGCAGUUGCAGCAGCUUUAACCCUUCCACCGAGGAGCCGGCCUACGACGGCCCGAGCACCAGCAGUGCCCACUUGGCGCCGGUGGUGAGCAGCUCUGUCUCCUAUGAUCCUAGGAAACCAGCUGUGAAGAAAAUUGCCCCGAUGAUGGCCAAGACAAUUAAAGCUUUCAAGAACAGAUUCUCCCGACGAUAGACCCAGGACUUGCCUGGGAGGUGGAAUUUGGGGUGGGGGUGGGGGGAAAUAGAAGGGCAGUGGGGGUUGGGGAAUGGAACGUCCCAAGGAGACCAGAGUCUUUUGUUCUGUGGAAGCUUUUGGUCUCGGAUCCUGCAGUUUUCAGGUGCUGCCCCCGUGAACCUGCGUGCCACACCACUGCCUCCCUGCCUGGAGAGCCCUUCAGAAUUCUGAAGAUGUGAAGCCUCAGUCUUACUGAGGAUUUUAAGGUCAAUUAUACUUUUGUUGUUAACUAGCUUCUUUGUAAAGUAUAAGACAUAGUUUUAAUUAAUAAAUAUUGUCCCCAGAUUGUAUUUAUAUUACCCCCAGUAUUUUUUUUUUUUUUUUUUUUUUUGGGGUCCUCUACCAAACAGCCUUUUACUCUCAGAGUCCUUUAUUAAUUUAGGACAGAAGCCUGGUGAAAGCCAUUCCCGUCUCAGUUGAGCUCUCCCGAGUGAACUCGAGUCCAGAGGGAAAGCUGGGCAUCCCCCAGAGCCUGUGUGGUGCCUGCUGCACUCGGGCGAGGACUGGGGCCAGGGCCGCCCUGGAGGGGGCAGGGUGUGUGGGACCCUUCGCCUCAGAGGCCCUUCUCAGUGUUGCUUGGAGCCCCUAUGCAGGUGCAUCUCUUACUCAUCAACUAGUAUUUAUGAGCGAGGUUAUUUGUCAAGGUCGAGAGAUUUUUCUGCCAUCCUUUUUGCCAGUUGCCUUUUUUGUUUGUUUGUUUUUUUGAGGCUUCACUGGAGGACAUAGAACCUGUGGGAGACUGGUUUGCACAGAGCCCCAACAUUUUAUAAUUUCCAGUUUUUGCCUCAAAAUUGUAGGGUUUUGUUCCCCUUCCCUAUUGUUCCUUCUCCCCACUAGUGUGGGGAAAAAAACAGAGACCCAUGGCAGGGCUUCCUGUAACCCCAAGUGAGACUGUAGACUUGUAGAAGCACUUUAAUCUCUUGUUCCCUGUGAAUUAACUGCUACCAGAAGUGAAUGGUUUUAGAAGUUGCGAUGCUACGUUGGAAAUUGGUUUUGUUUCACCUUUUUUAAAAAAGAUAAGAUCAUGUGAUUGGAGGAGCACAGCCAUAUGCUAUGUUUUUUAAGACAGCUGAAGCUCUCUCUGCCCUUUGAGCAGAAUUUGGAAGGAAGAGCCACGCAGAGAAAGUGUCUGAGCUGCAGCAUCAGGAUGGGCGGAAACCGCAAGGGCAUCACGUUAGGGAAGGGAGAAUCUUGCUUUCUGAGUGACCUGGGAGUGAGAUCAGGAUGAGGAGGACAGUGCCGGGGCCCUCCUGGGCUGUUGAAGAACGCGGAGUUAGUCAGAGUCCACUUGGUUGUGACCUAGGUUGGAAUAAAUGCUAUAAUUUGAGAUGCCCGUUCUUAGGAGACCUCAGAGGCAGACUGAGGGGUGGUUAGUGUGGCAGUGUGAAGAGCUUUGCAGUCAGUCCCUUUGGUUAGCUUUCUCCAAGCCCAAAUUAUGGGCCCCUUGUUUUUAAAUAUCCUGGAGACCUCAGAUAGGCUAACCUUGAAGAUUCCAGAGCAAUGCAGGGCAUCUCCUCUGCAGCAUGUUUCCGAAGGGCGCCAAAGCUCUGCGUCACAGUGCACAGCGCCAACGGGACACAGAUUGCUGUGUUUUAAUUUGCAUCCUGCAUUUUUGAAUUGGGUAAAGCAUUAUUUCUUUUGAUUGCUUGUAUUACCAUUCCGCCCUUGUCCCACACCCUGCUCCCCAAAUCUGAUGUUAGGAAGCCCCUUGCCUGAAACCAAAUGAAAAUUUCAGUCGGUGCAGCCAUCUGUUGCCUAGGAUAACUUUCUUGAAUUCCCCUCCCUGCCCAGCCUUGAAUUUGUCUCUUAGCUGUGUGUUCAAGCCUUUGUCACUGAAACCAGUUUUCCAUAUUUCAGAUUCAGUUGUGUAUGAUUUAAUUUCUUCUAUUAGGAAUUUUUAGGCAGGGAGGGAAGAAAGGACACAUAUAUCCUAUUUGUUCAUCCCAACAUCAAUAUCCAUUUUUGGCACAUGAGAGAUUUUUUGAUCAUCCCUGUUUGCAUAGAGCCAGACCUUCUCUUGUUCACCUCCCUACCCUUCUCCACAAGUGUCUGCGUCAGGGAUGUGACUUGGUGAAAAGAGGGAAGAGGAAAAACCUACUAAUUUCUACACGACCUCCUCACCCGGGUUGUGGAAAUGGCUGUGGAGCAGACACAUGAUAUCAAACUUUUGGUCUCAUUUGUGAAAACUUGUGCAAUUUUUUUUUUUUCCUGUGCUACACUACA